AUGUUGCGACCAGCUACACCCUUGACGGUGUUGCUCUUCGCAGCUUUCGCCAUGCUGCUACUCGCCGUCUUAUCGACCCCUAUUAUCAAAGCGAUUCCUCUAGGUACUUACAAAGGCGUCAAUUUUGGGGUGUUUGGGUAUUGUGAAGCGAACGGUCAUUGUAGCCCAAUAGAGAUUGGAUAUGAUACAUCGUCAAUCUAUUCUCCUACGGACUCAGCUACCUUCGAUUUGCCUUCUACAACGCGGACAACUCUUUCCGCUAUCCUCGUGGUUCAUCCCGUUGCCUGUCUCCUUACCUUGGUGAUGCUGGUACUUGCCAUUGUCGCCCACCUUCAUUCUCCUUCUCAUUCGUCACGUUACUUGUUACUACUUUUUAUCUUCGGCAUCAUUACGUUUCUAGUAUGCCUCCUUGCCUUUUUAAUCGACGUAUUACUUUUCGUUCCUCACAUGGCCUGGGGCUCUUAUAUCGUUCUAGCUGCUACGAUCCUUGUAUUCAUGAGUUUCAUUAUUUCGUGCGCUAUGCGACGCACCCUAGUCAAUAGAAAGGCAAGAAAGAGGCGUAUCGCAGAGAACGCCGAGAUGAGUGGAGAGAAUUACUACAACCGCCAGGCUCAACAAGAGGUCGUAUCUCCCACACCUGUUUCACGACAGCCUACUGUUCCCGUUGUCAGUGGAGCGAAUGGACCAAGCGAUGGAUUUGCCUCAUUUGAGAAGAAGGAUGAUCGCAGCAGUGACGAACGUAUACCUCUAACCGCUAGAACUCCUUCUGACAGGUCCCCGAAUCAUGCUCCUGCUGAUACGAGCAUGUCGGGCUCCACAUAUAACAUGCCCCAACGGACAGGUUCUAGCAACUCGAUGCCAAGAGACCAAUAUGGCAAUCCGAUUGAGCAACCCCAGGAUGGCUACAAAAUGCGACGUGGUCCGUCUUUCGAGCGUAUGAACGCAAGGGGCCGUGGUGGCCCUCCAGCUAGUUAUAGAGGACGAGGAGGCUAUGGAAGAGGAGGCUACGGUGCUCCCUACGGCCCACCGGGCGGAAGAGGUGGAUACGGCCCACCGCCGAAUGGAAGAGGCGGUUACGGUCCCGGCCGCGGUGGUUACGGGCCGCCACCCAAUGGGCGAGGGGGUUACGGUCCCCGUAGAGGCUAUGGUCCGGGUGAGAUGAGAGGUGGAAGAACACCGCCACCAACUUAUCCAGGUGGUGGACCAUAUGAUCGAAGACCAUCUCCGGCUAGCGCAUAUGGUGAUUAUGGUCCAGGACGGCAAGGGUCACCGGCGGUACCAAUCAACCCCUACGAAGCUGAGCCACCCGUGCCGAGUAUUCCAGUUGGCAUGGCUGAAGGAGCUACUUACCAAGCAUAUAACCCGGAUCGUGCCAGUGACCUGCCCCGAGCAGAGUCCCCUCCUCCGAUGCCUGGUAUUGAUGAUGCGCAUGAAAGGCCAGUAGGUCAAGCCGUGGAGAUGGAUGCUUCUACGGGAAGCCCCGCUCACCCACCUCAAGGUUUUGGCCAGUUCAACAACCAACUUAGGGAUAGCGAUGCGGACGUAGCCGGCAUGUUAGCCCUGCAGCAAGCAAGGACAUCCUCCCCAAACCGCCACGACACGUUUAUGAGCGAAGGAAGCAGAUAUAGCCAAGAAGGUACAUAUGUUCCUCCUCGUCAAGGAUGGGGGGGCCCGAGCGGCCGUCCCAGAUACCUGCUCCUCUUCAAAUUCCAACUCGUCCUCAAGAACUUAGCAGCGGGACGCCUCCUCCUCCGCAACCGCAACUGCCGCCUCAACCAGCAACUGUCGGUACGGGCAAUUAUUAUGAAGACGUAG